GUGAACAACCCGUAUCAAUCACUCAAAAUGCGUCAACUCACUGAACAAGAGACGAAAACGCUUUUCGAGAAACUUGCCAACUAUACUGGUCGCUCGUUGAACAACCUCAUCACUACAUCCGAUGACCCCAAUGACCGAUAUGUAUUCCGUCUCCAUGGAAAUCGUGUCUAUUAUAUGAAACUGUCCUUGGCCAAUCUUUCGACGGCCAUUCCUCGCGCAAAUCUUCUCUCACUUGGUACCUGCAUCGGAAAGUUUACUAAGAGUGGCCAGUUCAGGCUGCACAUCACCGCCCUGGAUGUGAUUGCCCCCCACGCGAGAUACAAGGUCUGGAUCAAACAGAACGGAGAGAUGCCCUUCUUGUACGGUGGAAAUGUGGUAAAGGCGCACGUCAAUCGGUGGUCAGACGAUUGUCCAGAACACGCAGGUGUUGUUGUCUUCAACUCGAAUGAUACUCCUUUGGGCUUUGGAGUUACCGCCCGGUCUAGUGCUGAAGCGAGGAAAUUGGAACCAACAGCCAUUACCGUUUUCCGCCAGGGAGAUAUAGGAGAAUAUCUGAGAGAGGAAGAUACCCUCUUUACGACGUAAAGGAAAAUCGUUGCAUAGGCGGGAUCGUUCAUGGAAUUUGGAUGCUAGAUACCUGGGGAUUCUCGCAGGAGUUCUGGAGUCAUCUGUCUGUUUCAAUAGAAAAGUUUUUACCUUUGUUCUUCAGCAUACUGUAUCCGUAAUCAUAUGCGAUUACAACAGCUCGUUUCCACCUUGCCUAAACCUAGUUAUAUCCCUUCUGACGUUCCCUGAUAUAUCGUCUUCCUUAACCUCUUCAAGUACUUAGUUCAAUAACCAUAUAAACUUUCUACCCCAUGCACAUGGAAUAGUUUAAGGCUUAUUGGUGGGAAGGAUAGGACGCUGAUGGCCACACGGCUUGCCGCGGGAAUAUAAUGUAUCGAGGUUAUUUGAAGACAAAUAGACAAAGAAUGAAUGAGAAUUCCAAAGCAUCUGAAAAAUUAAUGAGCCAAUAAUUAUUUAUACUGCCG